AUGAACAAGCCAGAAGUCGUUAACGUCCUAGUCGAGAUCAUCUCACGUUAUGACAUUAUACUUAUACAGGAGAUACGUGAUGCAAGUGAAGAGGCUAUCAAUAAACUGCUUGAGCUCGUUAACGAGAACGAUCCAGGUGGAAACUUUGCCAUGCAGCUGAGUCCACGACUGGGGCGCACAAACAGUAAGGAACAAUACGCUUUCCUAUAUAGGGAGAGUAAUGGAAUACACAUCCAGGGAGUGUACGUUUACGACGAUGGCAACGAAACAUUGAGUACAGUCAACAACACCGUGGACACAUUUGAAAGAGAACCUUACAUCAUAUGGUUUAGCUCCGACAGAACUGUCCUGAAGGAGUUUGUCCUUAUUGGCGUCCAUGUGGCACCUGGGGAUGCAGUCGCAGAAAUAAACCACCUGCAGGAUGUUUUCGCUGAUGCUAAGCAAAGAUGGAACAUCGACGACAUAGUCGUAAUGGGCGACUUGAAUGCUGACUGUUCGUACGUGCCACAAAAAUAUUGGGCUAAUAUUCCGCUAAAGCACGAUCCUUCCUACGUGUGGCUUAUUCCCGACGACGACGACACGACUGUAUCAGACUCUGACUGUGCUUACGACAGAUUUAUCAUGACUGGUGAACAGUUUAUCGAAAACCAUGUGAACGGGAGUACCACAGUUUUCCGGUACGAUAUUGAGUAUGGGCUCAACGAAUCUCUUUCAUCCGCCGUUAGUGAUCAUUAUCCCAUUGACUUUUUACUUAAAGAAAAGAAGAUCUGUAGCGAUGGGGCAAGUCUUAGCAGACACGAGUUUCAGGUCACUUUAGUAUCCAUGACCCUGGAUUGUAUCCAACAGAUCGGUUUCCUGUAG